AUGAUCGCUGUCGAAGCCAGUUCACAUGGUAUUCCACCUCCAGAUGAGGAAGAAUUGAUACUUAGCCGUCUGGUAUUUGGAGACACGGCCAGUUUCCAUGAAAAUUUGUCGCAACUACGGCAUUUGGACGAGGGCUUCGCUAAUGAAGAUGAUGUGGAAACAAUGCAGGCGGAUAGUGCAGAAGAGGAUGAAGAUGUGGAAGAGGGAGCUGAGAUGGAUCGAAUGAAUGACGACCAGCUUUUUUUCGUGGACGAAGGAACAGAAAGUGAGCCACAGGGCGUAAGGUCCGAUGACGACGAUGACAAUAUGGACACCGGCGACGAUAGCGGUUCAGAAACCGGGGAAGUUGAGAGCAGCGAUGCGUGGUCGGACUCCGACGACGAACGUGUAAAAGUGGCCUUCACGGCAACAAACAAGACCAAAAAACUGCGGACUUCCUACACAGAGGGACGCAUCAGAGGCCGGGACUACGUGCAGCGUCUCAGAUCGCAAUUCGAGAAAAUAUACCCCAGACCGCAGUGGGUCGAUUCUGUGAGCGGAGAGGACUCGGAAGCUGGCGAAAGUGACUCGGAUAACGACGAGGACCACGAACGAGUCAUCAACGGCGACCUGAGCGCGCUCUCCAAGAUUCUACAAAGCACCUACGUUUACCAUGACGUUUCUAAUCGGCUACUGCCGCCCAAGGUGCUUGACAUCACUCGUCUCAAGGACGCCAACGCUAUGCAUCCAUCUCGUGCUGCCAUACAAUCGCUUUCAUUCCAUCCUCUAAAACCCCUGCUACUGACCGGAGGGUACGAUCGGACUCUAAGAGUUUACCACAUUGACGGGAAGAACAAUCAUCUAGUCACUAGUUUGUAUCUAACGGGAACGCCCGUUCAGACCUGCACCUUCUACGUGACCCCCUCGCAUCAAGAACAAAAAAUAUUAACCGGUGGUAGACGUCGCUACAUGCAUUCCUGGGACAUUUCCAACAAUGGCGCUAGUCAGCAAUCAAAGAUAGAGAAAAUCUCCAGAAUGUAUGGGCACGAAGAUACACAACGGUCCUUCGAAAACUUCAAGGUUGGCCAUAUGUGCAAUAAAGACGGUCAUCACGGUAUCAUUUUACUCCAGGGAAAUAACGGGUGGGUGAACGUACUGCACGCUACUACUGGGGUCUGGCUGUACGGUUGCAAAAUUGAAGGCGUUCUUGUGGACUUCUGCCUAGAUUACAAAGCCGGUUUCAACGGCAGCUUUCAGACAAUUCUGAUAAUGGUCAACACGUAUGGGGAGAUCUGGGAAUUCGAUCUGGCCAAGAGUGGUGAGGUGUUGCGCAGAUGGAAGGACGACGGCAGUGUUGGCAUCACCACCAUCCAAGUGGGUGGUGGCAACAAUUCGACGCAGCUGUUACCUUUCAAAAAGGUGAGACACAACAGAUGGCUGGCCAUUGGCAGUGCUAGCGGAUAUGUGCAUGUUUACGAUCGCAAUUCCAGCAGCAGCGAACCUGUCGCCAAACUGGACCAGCUCACCACUCCUAUAUCAUCUUUGGUAUUUUCGCCAGACGGCCAAAUUCUUUGCAUGGCCUCUCGUGCUACUAAAGAUGCUCUGAGACUCGUGCAUCUGCCCUCAGGCAAAGUUUUCUCAAAUUGGCCCACCAGUGGUACGCCGCUGGGUAAAGUUACAAGUGUUGCAUUUUCUCCUCGUGGUGAAAUGCUAGCUGCAGGGAACGAACAGGGCAAGGUAAGACUAUGGAAGCUGAAUCACUACACUUGA